AUGGGACCUUUUCGGGUCGCCUUCGGGGGCUUCUUAUUUCUGGAGGCUCUGCUACUGCAACAAGUCGUACUUGGCGCCAUCUUCGAACCUCUGCCUCGCAUCGAAUCUCUCAGGUGGGUUCUUUGACCAGACCUUCAACUGAGAAGCUCACAGCCCGGAAACGCAAGAGUUCGAUGCGAACGGAGAUCCGCUGGUCCUGAUACCGCCUCCGCCUCCAGAAGACGCCGACGUCGACGGUCCGACGCCUCCGGAGCCGAUUUUCAAGCCACCACCAAUUCUUCGUCACGGCGCUCCACCAAGCUUCAGACCACCGCCCGAAUUCUUCUUUCGUUUUAACGGCAACAGCAGCGUCGCAUCCAAAAUCCGGCUUUCCAAACUUGGCAAAUUGGAUCCGCCGGAGAAGGAUACAGAAGUUUUCUUGGAAACAUCGGCGAAACCGCUUCCUCCGACCGGAGUGAGCCCUUUUCCAAUUGAACCAUUCAGCCAGAUUUCGCUCGACUCGACCUCGACCACGCUCAAAAUCCAGAGCACGGAGACUAGUGAAACUACGAUAGAGGUAAUGCAACUAUUUAGAUAGAGAAAAAAAACUCAAGUAAAAAAAUAGCAAGCAACUAUAGUUAGGGACCGCAAAGCCACGCCCCUUUUCGCGAUAGAAAAAGUGGCUUUUUUUUGGUGUUCAACUUUCAUUUUGCUGUAGUUGCAAAAUAUGUGGAACUGGAUAAUAAAUUUUGGCACACAUGUACAAAAAAGCUUCCUCUUUCGUUUGAAAAAUAUUUCACGCUUUUUUGAUGCGUUCGCGCGGAAUGUCGUACAAAAAAACGUGAAUGGAACUAAAAAAAUUUUUGUCGUUUUUUUGCUUUUUUUCAUGUGUUUUUUUAGGUCGAACGCAUUCUUUCUUUUUUUAUAUAAUGAUUUUUGAUUCAAGUAACGGUAACUUUAAAAAUAAUAAAAAUAAAAAAAUUCGUCUUUGCCAAAAAAAUUUUAGGGAGUGCCGAAUGUGAUAAUUCAAAAUAUCGUUAAUAAGCGAAUAUAAUCGAGUUUUUUUUUCAGAAAUUUAGACCAUGGGCUUACUUAAAUUGUUCUCCACAGCAUAUGUGCUUGAAAAAAAGUUGUUUGAUAGGCGAAAAUGCUCUUGAAACUAGAUAAUAAAAAUUAGCGGCGUUUAUCACACCGAAAGCGGUCGAACGCAGGUUUUUUAAACGAUUAUAUACAUUUAUUAGUAAAAAAUCUUUCAAUUAAAAGAAUAAAAUAAAAAAUUCGUCUUUGCCAAAAAUUUACGGGGCCGUUUUAAUGCAGCGAUCGUUAAACGAGGCAAAAAGCACUAAAAAAAUAGUUUUUUCGAAGUGAAUUUCCACGAAAAGUUUGAGUAAAGAUUUGCGAACAUAUUCUGAUAAAAAUAGCUUCAUUACUUCUAGUUUUUCUUUUUGAAAUAGGCAAUCUGUGCUAUUCAAACGGCUCAAGGGUAAGGCGGAUGGAAGCUCCCCUCGCCAGACCUAACAGCUUGGCGCAGCGCGUGCGCUGCGAUUUUUCAUUUUGAGGUCGCGAGUUCGAUGCCCGCAAGCGCCAGUUUUUUGUUUUCUGGAAAAUACCGACUUUUUCGGCAAACUAGCUGAUUAGCAUUAUUUUAGCACUCUAUUAUGAUUUGUUACAUCAUAAUAGACCAGUAUCAAAACUUGUUCUGGAAGAAAAAUCGAGAAAAAUGUCAAAAAUGGAUAAUACCAAAAUUUCAGUACUAAAAAAAUGGUGCGCGGCGCGCCACAUUUUUCGUCAUAACUUUUUUUCAUCCUCAAUCUUUUUUUCGAAAAAAACUAAACGGUUCUGAGUUUUGAAUCGAAACAGCUAUCAAAACCAUACAAAGCUCAAUGCUGAAAAAAUUUUUUUGAAAAUUCGUCUGCGGUCCCUAACUAUAGUGUAGCGAAAGUCCAAGUUUUGAUGUUCGAGUAGUUGCUCUCUAGAAUACAUUUUUAUUCACUUACAAAGUAUAUCUUUCGAAGUUAAAAGAAGACAAUUAUAAAAAUUUCAGAACUUGAAAAGCUGGAUGUGAACGCGCUGAUCAAUAAGCGGAAAUAUAGGAAAAACGCGUCAUAGAUUUUCCAGGCUGAACAGUCGACCACUGCUGUGACAUUAUCGACGACAGAGCUCACAACAGUAGCUCCAACAUCUUUGGCUUCAAGAAGGAGUCGAAAGCCAAGAAGACGUACGACAACGACGACAACACCAACGACGACGACGACGAACUCGACAGCGGCGCAGCCAGUCACAACGACUCACGAUCCUCUCAUAACCAUUCCUCUACCAGCGGAACUAGCCGAGUUGGAAGAAUCCACGACAGAGAAGACUACGACUCCAGUUCCGUCCACCACGAUCGCACCCGAAAGUGCCAGUCAGAGCAUCGGCACCACUCGAAGGGCUCAUCGAAAACGCGGACGCAAGCGAAAUCGCGUUCUUCUCAGAAGACCUGUGACGACCAACCUCGGCAUCGAGCUGGAGGUGAUGCGACGUCGGCCGGUCAAGGUCAAUGACGACGUUCCUACUGUACAAAGCGAGUUGGAAAUGGUGAGAGAGUCAGAAAAUCCAAAAAGUGUCCUUAUCUCUUUUUUUUUCUUUUUUAAAUAACUGAAGAAUAUAAAUUUUUCACUGUUGUGUAUCGUAUCACUCAGUAUCGCACGUUUUUGAGCAUUUAUAGUGGCAACACUCUUAACUGAUCCCUAGUAUUGCUAAGAAACGUCCGGUUUUCGUUACCGAAAUCCGAGCUUAUUUUUUCACAAGGGAGGCCGAUUCUGUAGAAGUCAUAAUUUUUCUGAAAACUUUUAGAUGUACUGGAUGAAGAUCUCACGAGUCAGCGAUGAAAAAAGAUUGAUUUUCAAGAUUUUUGGUCGGUAAAUCAAAUAACGGAGUGGUCGAUUGUAAUACUUUUCAAAAUAUUUAGGUUGAAUGACCUCAUCUAUGUUUCGCGAAUUGACAAAAAUCGGUUUUUAGAUUUCCCAAAAUAAAUUGUUCUCCUCGGAGAGUUCGUUUCACUAAAAUCAAAAAGGAAAUUGCAGGAAAUCCCUCCAGUGGUGGUAAUGAAUAUCUCAGAUGAGAAAGUCGCUUCCGAAGCCGUCCCACUACGAUUCAAAAACAUCACUUCUAAGGCGGCAUUCCUACAGACGAAGAACAUAACUUUCGAAGUACCUACUCUUCAAACCGAAGUUUCGGGUAAGGUUUCAAUUUUUCUAACAGAGAUAUCAAAUAACUUAGAACCUUGUGACAAAAAGUGUAAAGGUCACUUGAACAUUAAAAAAAGCACUAAGUUUCAUUUAGAUACUAAGGUAAUUUUGGCAGAAAAACAAACGUGACAAGCUGCGCGAAAUGGGCUAUAAAAAAGUUUGAAUCUCCUGCAAAAUCACGCUGUUUUUAUCUUCUCAAUUUCUGGCUCAAGAUAGCUGUGAAAAGGAUUAAUCUCGCUUGGACGCUGGAAAUGAAAAAGUGCUUUUCAGAGCCUCUGAAAUCGACAACUGAGGCAUCGGUAGCAGUGAAAAGUCUUCAUCACUCAAGGUCUUCCGGAUGGAGCCGCCGGAGGAACAAUCUCCGCGGCAAACCGAACCGAAAACGUACCCGCGUUUCUACUCCGAUUCUCACAAAACCAAGGACUUUGACCACAAAACCUCCAGCUUAGAUAAUGUCAGAAACCUUACCAACUACACCUAGUCGUUCAAUGAUUCAGAAAUAA